AGCUCAACAGGAGAGCACGACCGUGGCCUAAGAGAUCUUGUUGUCCAGCUCACGACGGAUGACCUCAACAUUUUGAGGAGUGGGGGUAAUCCUAUAUUCUGUGACAGUCUUUUGGAACCUGUUCCCAAAUUCAUGCUAGAAGUCCGUCUUUCGACCUUGGACAAGUGCGCUGAGUAUCAGAGGCAG